UCCACUUUCCUUUUCAUUUCUCUAAAAACAAUUCAAAUUCCAUCGUUUUUAAUACGAACAUCUUUGCUUUAUCGUUUACAAAAACAAGAUAUCUCUCUCUUUCUUGUGUAUAUAUUUAUAUAGAUUCACGUGAGUUUGUCAGCCUGGAUUUGUCGGUCAAUCUCUCCCACGAAGCCAAAAGCAAAUAAAAAGGAGUGUUGUAGAGGAAGAAGAGGGUCGAGGAUUGUGAGUUUACAUUAAAACAAGAUUGAAUAAGUUUUCUUGUUCUUCUUCAGCUCAUCUCUCUCUCUCUCUCUCUCUCUUUCUUCAUCAAAUCAAACUAGAGGAUAAAAAGGUUGAUGGAGUUAGCUUUGAGCUUGGGUGAUCCCCCAAAGCUAUCAAGCAAUGAUCUAGGGUUUUGCAUAGAAGCUACUAGAGAUGGAGACUACAAAAGGGUUUCUUCAGAUCUUCGUCUUCUUCCUUUCUCUCCUCUUCGUCGUGCGCCACCUUCUCAGCUUCGCCUUCCUUGGCACACUGAUAAUCUGCACGAAACGGGUUCAUCAGAAGGAUUGGUAAGAGGAUUAGACGUGAACCGGCUACCGCUGGUGGCGUUAGGGGAUGAAACGGAGGAAGGGGCGGCGCAGUCUUCUCCGAACAGCGCGGUGUCGUCCUUUCGGAUGGAUUUUGGGAUUACACACGAAGGCAGAAGAGGCAAGAGAGACAACAUGGAAGGUGAAACCGAAAGGGGUAGCUCAAGAGCCAGUGACGAUGAAGAGAAUGGUUCAACCCGGAAGAAACUGCGGCUCUCUAAAGAACAGUCGGCUUUUCUGGAAGAAAGUUUCAGAGAAAACAACACCCUAAAUCCCAAACAAAAGCUUGCUUUGGCGAAGCAGUUAAAUCUCCGCCCUCGACAAGUGGAAGUUUGGUUUCAGAAUAGAAGAGCAAGGACGAAAUUAAAGCAGACGGAGGUAGAUUGUGAGUAUUUAAAGAGAUGGUGCGAAACACUCAGAGAUGAAAAUAGAAGGUUACAAAAAGAACUGCAGGAGUUAAGAGCUUUAAAGAUUUCUGAACCAUUUUACAUGCACUUACCUGCCACUACCCUAACUAUGUGUCCUUCAUGUGAGCGUGUCGCCACCGCCGACGGCGGUUCAAAAAAUGGAGGGCACCCGUUUUCGCCACCACAAACACAUGUGACCCAGAGCCAGCCCCCGGCCGACCAGGCUGCUUCGUGAAAUCAUUAGACGUGACCAGUCA